AUCGUGUACAGUUUGUACGGCAAACAGUCAUCAAUUAACGCCAUGGCCACUCCGACCAGCGGCAAUGGAAAUUUGGUGGACGAAUUCGACGAAGCGUUCAUGUCACUUAUCGAAAUAAUAUCAAAAGAAGAAGAGACGUUCUCGCCGGUUGACAAAGAAGAAGUGCGUGUAGACAUAGAUCAGUGUACCAUGAGAUUCAUCGACAUCGCUAGACAACUGGAGGCGUUUUUCCUACAGAAACGGUUUCUCUUGUCGGCCCUGAAGCCUGAACUAAUCGUUAAAGAAGAUAUAUCCGAGUUGCGUUUGGAGUUGGCGCGUAAGGAUGACCUCAUCCGGCGGCAUUAUGAUAAAAUCUCUAUUUGGCAAAAUCUGUUGGCUGAUUUACAACAGGUUGCCAAAUCGCCCGCCCAGAGCACUAUGGGCCAGAGUCCUAUGCCAGCACCAAUGCCAUCACCCCUACCAAUAGGACCGCCCCAACAACAACUAUCGCCUCAAGUACCUGGAGGUAUGGUUUCGCCACAACAGGCCAUGUUCUUACAGCAGCAACAGCAACAGCAGCAACAACAGCAAAGACCGGGUCCAGUGGCUGGUGGACCGAUGCCUGGUGCGUUGCUACAAGGACCAUUAGCAUAUUUGGAAAAGACCACCAGCAAUAUAGGAAUGGGUGAUGGGAGGAGGUGACGAGGUCGGGGACGAGGAAGAGGACGCGGUAGGGCCCAUCUUAGUCCCCCUUGACCACAGGCAAAGGCACAAAAUUGCUGCUUUUAAGCCAAACGAAUUGCUACAAAUAAUCCUACCAAUUAUUUUGUGAAAGUCACUUGUACACUACUGUAAAUAUGUUGUAACUCUACAAGUUGUUUAUAAACUGUGUAUUUAUGUUUUAAUAUUGUAUAAUAUGUUUGAUAUAAGCUGUAAAUUUUGUUUUAUUUUUCAUUUUUAAGCUGUAUAUACUUGCUUCACAAUAAUUUGUAAAUGUAAGAAAUUAUAUAAUGUUAUGUAAUGUAUUGCUUAUUUUUUUAAUUCAUUGAUUAUAGUUCAUAGUAUGGUUGGGCAA